AGAAGAAUAGUCCUACUAGCUAAUGUUUGGAGGCUCCUAAUUGUAUAAAAAGAGGCCGGGUGCAUGGCUAGCUAGCUAGAGGGCUCUCAGGUGAUCCAUCCAGCAACCUAGCUACUUGAUCAUAUAUAUACAUUGGCAUGCCCAUGUCCCAAUUCCACAGCCCAAUUAGAAGUUAAUUAGGAUCCAUGGCUGAGCAGCGGGAGCAGUUAGGUGGUGGUGGUGAUGAGCAGGAGAUGGUGGCGGUGGAGAUGCCGGUGGUGAUGCGGCAGGACUCACUGUUCCGGGACGCGUCUCGUGCGGGCGGCCAUGGCCACCAUGGGAUGCAGCAGCCGGGGAUGGAGCAUUGGGGGAAGACGCUGCGGCUGGCGUUCCAGUGCGUGGGCGUGCUGUACGGCGACAUCGGCACGUCGCCGCUCUACGUCUACUCGAGCACCUUCACCUCCGGCACCGGUGGCGUGGGGCACACCGACGACCUCCUCGGCGUGCUCUCCCUCAUCAUCUACAGCUUCAUCCUCUUCACCAUGGUCAAGUACGUCUACAUCGCGCUCCGGGCCAACGACGACGGAGACGGCGGCACGUUCGCGCUCUACUCGCUCAUCUCUCGCCACGCCAAGGUGAGCCUGGUGCCGAACCAGCAGGCAGAGGACGAGCUGCGCGUGGUCGGCGAGGAAGAAGACCCCAAGCGGUCGCUGAGCCGGCGUCGGCGCGGGCUAGCGACGCUGCAACUGGCGUCCCCGGCGGCGAUGCGGGCGCAGCGGGUGAAGGAGCUCCUGGAGACGAGCAAGCCGGUGCGGGUGUCGCUGUUCCUGCUCACCAUCCUGGCCACCGCCAUGGUCAUCAGCGACGCCUGCCUCACCCCGGCCAUCUCCGUCCUCUCCGCCGUCGGUGGUCUCAAGGAGAAGGCGCCACACCUCACCACAGACCAGAUCGUGUGGAUGACGGUGGCGAUCCUGAUCGGGCUGUUCGCGGUGCAGCGGUUCGGCACGGACAAGGUGGGCUACAUCUUCGCCCCCAUCAUCAUCCUCUGGCUGCUCCUCAUCGGCGCCGUGGGCGUGUACAACCUCCUCAAGCACGACAUCAGCGUGCUCCGUGCCUUCAACCCCAAGUACAUCUACGACUACUUCCACCGGAACAACAAGUCCGCCUGGGUCUCCCUCGGCGGCGUGCUCCUCUGCUUCACCGGCACGGAGGCGCUCUUCGCCGACCUGGGUUACUUCAGCAUCCGCUCCAUCCAGCUCAGCUUCGCCUUCUUCCUCGUCCCUUCCGUGCUCCUUUGCUACGCCGGCCAAGCCGCCUUCUUGAGGAAGUACCCGGAAGAGGUGGCCAACACGUUCUACCGGUCCACGCCGGAGAUCCUCUUCUGGCCGACGUUUGUUCUGGCCAUCCUGGCGUCCAUCAUCGGCAGCCAGGCCAUGAUCUCAUGCGCCUUCGCCACCAUCUCGCAUUCGCAGGCCUUGGGGUGCUUCCCCCGGGUGAAGAUCCUGCACACCUCCAAACAGUACCAGGGCCAGCUCUACAUCCCGGAGGUGAACUUGUUCCUGGCAUUCGCCGCGUGCGUGGUCACCGUGGCGUUCAAGACCACGGUGGUGAUCGGCGAGGCGCACGGCAUCUGCGUCGUCCUCGUCAUGCUCAUCACCACGCUGCUGCUGACGGUGGUGAUGUUGCUGGUGUGGAAGGUGAACCUGGUGUGGGUGGCCGUCUUCUUCUCGGUCUUCGCCGCCUCCGAGUCGGUGUACCUCUCCUCCGUGCUCUACAAGUUCUUGCACGGCGGGUACAUCCCCGUGGUGAUCUCGGCGGCGCUGAUGGCGGUCAUGACGGUGUGGCACUACGUGCACGUGAAGCGUUACGAGUACGAGCUCGAGCGGGCGGUGUCGCCGGACAGGGUGGUGGAGAUCCUCGACGGGGCCGGCGACCGGCUACGGAGGGUGCCCGGCGUGGGGCUCUUCUACACGGAGCUCGUCCAAGGGAUCCCGCCGGUGUUCCCGCACCUGAUCGACAAGAUCCCCUCCAUCCACGCCGUGCUGCUCUUCGUCUCCGUCAAGCACCUCCCCGUGCCACACGUGGACGUGUCGGAACGGUUCCUCUUCCGACAGGUGGGGGCCUGUUCCGACAGGGAGCACCGGAUGUACCGGUGCGUGGCGAGGUACGGGUACCGGGACCCGCUGGAGGAGGCCAGGGACUUCGUGGCGUCCCUCGUGGAGCGGCUCCAGUACUACAUCCGGGACGUGAACCUGUACGGCGUCGCCGUCGACGUGGACGCCAGGGUCAGCUACCCGAGCUCCCGCUGCGACAGCAUGGCGGCCACGUCGACGCGCCGCGCCAGCAACCACAAUGUAAUCCUGUUCUCGGCGUCGGCGUCCUACUCGGAGAGCCUGGCGCUCGCCAGGGCAAGGUCCACGUCAUCAGGCGCCACGGGCAGAAUGAACAUGAACAUGCCAUCGUCAGGGUCUUACACGGAGAGGCAGUUAUUAGGGAGAUCCAUCUACGCGGAGGAGAUGAUGACGCCGGCGGAGUCCUUCUCGGAGCUGUCGGGGCGGCACCCGCUGGCGGCGGCGGCGGCUAUGGGGAGCGUCAACUCAUGCCAGCAGCUGUUCCAGGCGGCGAAGAUGAGCUUAGAGGAGAUGGCCAAGAUCCAGGAGGAGCAGAGGUUCAUCGAGAGGGAGAUGGAGAAAGGGGUGGUGUACAUCAUGGGGGAGAGCGAGGUGGUCGCCAGGCCGCAUUCCUCGCUGCUCAAGAAGAUCAUCGUCAACUACGCCUACGCCUUCCUCAGGAAGAACUGCAGGCAGGGGGAGAAGAUGCUCGCCAUUCCCAGGUCGCAGCUGCUCAAGGUCGGGAUGUCCUACGAGAUCUGAUUCGAUUAAUUAAGCUAGCAGCUCCUCCCUGCCUCUGCAUUUCAUCUUCUGUUGCGUGUAAGGAAGGAAGGAAGGACUGAUGCUUAGGUUGCAAGUCCUAGCUAGUGUAUUGUACUAUAACUGUAUAUGUACGUACGUAGCUAGCUCUCGGUGGCAUCCGUGUAUUAAUUAAUUAAUUGCCGUCCAUCUUUCCUCUCUGUACGUAGUUGGUUGAUUUUUUUUGCUUUGCGCACUUCGUUGAUCAAUUCCUCGAUCCUUGUAAUUUGCUAUGGACGACGUAUAUAUGGUGUUGUAGACACAAUUGCCGGUAAUAAUUAUGUACUAUCAGGCAUUA